CCUUCACCACCAUCACCACUCAUCAUGAAUAACAACUAACUCCACCACCCUAAUAAACAAUCCAGAUCCCAAACAAACCAACCAGCCUAGCGAACCACCCCCCCAAUCGCGAAAACCCUCCUUAUCGCCGAUACCCAACCGCUCAGUCGCUCGCUCGAUCGAUCCGAUCCACACGCGCCCUCCGCGUCGCGUCCCUAUCAACCAGACCUUAACCCAUUACACUUUUUCCCCACCCACCCAUCACCCUAUACACCACCAACACCACCUUUUCAUUCCAUCCAAACCACCGAGAAAGAGAUCUAGAGAGAGAAGAAAGAAAAAAAAAAAAACAGAAACCAUGCCCCGAAAAUCCACCAGCAGCACGCCCGGUGACGAACACCCCCCGACGACACAAUCCCCUUCACCACAUCCACAUCAACCUCCAAAUCCAGUCCAAUUGCCCGAAUCCCAAGGUCAGAUGGUGGAGGCUACGGAACAGCAGAUUAAGGCGAGGGCGAGUAUAGAGGAUUACCUCCUCCCUCGCUCCCUCACCCUCCGUCUGGCAAAAUCCGUCUUGCCACCGAAUACCUCCAUACAGAAGGAUGCUGUCCUGGCGAUACAAAAGGCCGCGACGGUGUUUGUGUCGUAUUUGUCGUCGCAUGCCAACGAAGCAACCCUAAAACGAACCGUGGCGCCAUCCGACGUCUUCAGUGCGAUUUCAGAGCUGGAGUUUGAUGGGUUUCGGGCGCGGUUGGAGAAAGAGUUGGAGGCGUUUACGGAGUUGAAGGCGGGGAAGAGACGGGCGAAGAAGGGGGAGGAGGAGCCUGGGAAGGAGGUCGGAGAGGAGGAAGAAGAAGAGGAAGAGAAGGAUCGGGGUGCGAAGAGGGUGAAGCGUGGGGUUGAGAAGAAGGGGGAGGAGAAGCAGGAGGAUGGGGAUGAGACGCAGGAGGAGCAGGAAGUUGUCGGCAAUGAGACGGAGGAGGAAGAGGAAGAGGAAGAAGAGGAGGAGGAUGAGGAGGAAGAGGAAGAACAUAAGGAUGAGGAGGAGAAUGAUAUUGAUCGGGUGGAGGAUUUGGAUCGCGAUGCGCGAGCCAAACGGCUGAUGAAUCCGGAUGUUGAAGGGGAUGAGUCGGAUAGUGAGGAUGAGGAUGGACCGGGGAGUCAGCUUCGAGGGGAUUUGGGGCUGGGCUAAAAGAACGUAAUUUGAUGGUAUAUGGUUACUCUAGGCAAUGAAUGAUGUUGCAUG